AUGAUGAACCAAUAUAUAAAAGAGUUAGAACAGGAUCCGUUCGAUCCUGAUGAAUUUGUGGAGAGAAUGGUGAGAAGGAGCAUGCAAGAGUCGCGUUUACAAGAUGACCAAUUUGAUCCUGAAAUGAUACAUGACAUUUUUACACAAGCCAUACAAGAUCUGAAGGUGUUACAAGAAAGACAGGAAAGGAAAUGUGCAAGACUGGAGCAAUCUGUACAGAGGAGGAGAAGCUAUAUGGUGCUAAACUAUCUGAAAUCAUGGAUCAACAUACUCAUUGUGUAGGAGUGUUCAGUGCUCUAGAUGAGCGUAUGUCGCGUUGUGGGGGGCGUGCCUUAGACGUCGGCGAGAAGUUGGGAGCUGCGCGUGCGCCGCGGGCGAGGGCUGCGGCCGCCAGGGAUCUGUUGUCACAUCUGUCACACUUCCUAAGCCCUGGACCUGUGUUAAUUGAUUUGUUCAAUGAUUCUAGCAAGUUAAACGAAGCAGCAGAUGUAAUACAGAAACUUCACACGAUCGCUCAAGAGUUGCCACCGGACAAAUUCGAAGUUGCCAAGAAGAAAAUAGAAGCGAAGUAUGAUGAAAUCGAAAGGAACCUUAUUGAAGAGUUUGUGAAGGCUCAGAAUCAGGGCAAUAUGACCAAGAUGAAGGAAAUAGCUAAUAUUAUGACCAACUUCAAGGGAUACUCGCAAUGUGUCGAUGCUUUAUUGAAACUAGUCAGAUGAACACACUACUGGGCAAGGACAUAUUCUCGGCAGUACUGCCUCUAUGCAAGAAGAACUACACCAUCAUCAGCAAUGUGUUCCCCAACCCUGACCAGGUGAUGAGCAAGUUUGUCCUGAACAUCUUCCACCUGAAGCUGCAAAAAUACAUCCAAACUAAACUCGCUGAUAAAAACGAUGUGGAGAAGUAUUUGAGGAAUCUGUAUGAUAUGUAUACUAGUACGCAGCGAGUAUGCGACGAGUUAGUACAAGCUGGUCUAGUGUCCGCAGAAGGUAAUACAACCACAGGCGACCUCCGUAGAGACGCGCUUGUCAAUGGUGCCAUGGCCGGCGCUAACGAUGGAUACGCGUCUUUAGAAAUACGAAGACUUAAAGCUUCGAUGUCCAACGCUUUGAACACAUACUAUACAGAGAAGCAACAUGUUAAAAAGCCUAUACAGGGUGGUGGGUUCCAAGAAUUAAGGCGUGAGCUUCAAGCACGGACGAAUAUCAAUAUAGCGCAGAUAGAAAACUACGGAGGAGAGACCUUCCUAAGCGAACAACUUGUUCAAAAGAUGAUCAGCGAUGCUAAGACUUCUUUUACGAGGUGCAAAACUCUGUGCACUUCAAACGAGCUGUCAGGCACCACUGUAGCAUUACUAGAAGUGGUAAUACAACACCUACUUAUUGAACACGUGGAUUACGCACUGGAUUUGGGCUUGCAGUCCAUUCCAAUAGCCGAUAGCAAGUCGCCACCACCACAGAUUUAUUUCUUCGACAUCGUGAAGCAAGCGAACAAAAUUGUCAGAAUGUUUGAAGAACAUUAUCAAGAAUCUGUUUUAACAUGUAUCACCCGGCCCCUGGCAACAGAUGGGAUAAAUUCUGCCAGGCAACGGAGAAGUUCAGCAACAAAACAGAAUGAUUGCAUGCAAAAGAAGACUGCUAUAAUGGAGCAGCUUGAGAACAAGCUGGAUGUGGGCUUGGAUCGGGCCAUUUCGGCUAUUGUAAGCUGGGUCAGGAUGCACCUUCAGAAUGAACAGAAGAAAACUGACUUCAAACCAGAAGGAGAUAUUGAUACGCUUGCAUCAGCGGCGUGUCUGGCAGUCGUGAAUUACCUGAACAACAUAAUGGAUAAGAUCCAUGGAGGUCUGGAAGGAGACAACCUUCACGCAGUCACCUUAGACUUAGCCGUCCGACUACACAGGAUCAUAUACGAGCAUCUACAGAACUACCAGUUCAAUUCUGCUGGUGCAAUGAUAGCUAUCUGCGACGUGAAGGAGUACCGCAGCGCAGUAUGCGGUCGCGGCGCGCGCGCAGCCCCGGCGCCCGCGCACUCUCUGUUCGACGCACUGCACGCACUCUGCAACCUACUGCUCGUCAAACCUGAAAACCUUCACCAAGUCUGCGAGGGUGAAACUCUUGCGGAAUUGGACCACUCGAUACUAAACAGCUUCAUUCAGCUUCGUGCGGACUACAAGAGCCACAAGCUGUCCAGCUUCCUCAAAGGACUUUCGUAA